UUACGAAAGGAUGGGUUUGCGAACGCGCACGAGCAAAUCUGUGAUCUGCGUUCGAUUGAUGCGAAGGCUGGCAAAAACGAUAGCGAUAGGAGAGGUAAAAAGGGAUCGUACUAUUUAUCUGUUUUUUUUUUUUAUUUGUCAAAUAUUUCUCGUUUCGUGCCGUGUUUGGUGCAGCGUCUGCGACGUUGUAUUUGCUCGUGCUCAAGUAAUGCGUAAUUCGAUAAUUCUUGCAUACUGAGCGGCGUAACGAAACGCGAGCAACUUCGCGUUGAGGCGAUUCGCGCGCGUGGUCGCGACGACCGGAACACUUUCAUAACCUCAUAUCAGGCGAACGAGCAAGUAAGCAAACGAACUCGUGGUUGAAACGUGAGUAGAGACUGUUGCGUCAAAAUCGAGGCUGCACGGCGUCGGACGUUCAUCGAACGAAGAGUGCUCCGUUCUAGCAACAGGAGGAGGAAAAUCUCGUAGGAGAAUGAGCCCACUGAAUAGGGGGCCUCUCCUGGGACCAAGAAUGCCGCCAGUCGGCAUGCGUCAACUCCCGCCGCCCAGAUUCGCGGGACUACCACCCCACGGCAUGCUGAGGAUGCGACCGCCACCGUUAAAUCCAAUGUUCAGUCUGCCGGGCGGCCCCCGACAGAGGAUACCGCUGCCGCCGAGACCUGCUGGUGGAAUCACUCGACCGAACGGUAUGCUACCACGAUUCCCCCCAGGUCCGGGUCCCAGAACGCGCGCCAUGCCGCCCAUUGUGCCGUCGAUGGGAGGACCACGUGGCUCCGGGCCGCCGCAUGGACCCCCAAUACGCGUGUGGCCUCGUCGGAUGCCACCGCCGCCGCCGCCUCCGCAGAUGAUGCCACCGCAGAUGAGGUUCAAGUACGGUCCGGGCAACGGGAACGCUAAGAUCAAGGCAGUGAAUAAUCCAAAGAAAGAACGCAAGCUUGAAGAAUUAGAAUUAAAAAAGCCAUGGAUGACAGAUGAAAUUCGUAACGAGAUUCAAAAGAAAAAUAAACUAUAUGCUAAGGCAAAAAAGAACAAAGCAGCAGUAGAAUGGGAAGAAUUUAAGGAUCUUCGUAACAAAGUAACGAGGAUGAUAAGAGAAGCAAAAAAUGAAUAUCUUGCAAAACAUCCUGAACAGGCUCAUCUGUACCUGGAUGAAGAGUUAUACAAUCAAAGAGAUGAAAAUUAUGUCAAUUCCGGUGACGACGCCGACGACAAUGAAGACGACGAAAACACGUCACAUUAUUGUGAAGUCUGUGAUAGAGAUUUUCCAUCCAAGGAUGAUCUCUCUGAACACAAAAGCACGCACAUAACGUGCGGGAUUGAUGGCUGUACGUUUUCGGCGCAUCCAUUGCUCGUUGAGAAGCAUAUUAGUAUGCAGCAUCGUACCGGUUUGUACCAGAGAAUGAAAGAUUUAUCCGAAGAUGUCGAGAAAUGGAUAAUGGAACGAAAAAAAAAGUAUCCCACGGAAAAUAACAUAAAGUUGCGCAAGGCAGAGGAACUGGAAAAAUUACAGAGAGGAGAGGUAAUCAAGCAGAAUUCUAAUGCAGGAAUGAGAACAAAGAAAACGAUAAAUAUCCGAGAGAAGAAACGUAGACCUCGCAAACGGCGUGUGCGCGAAAUUAAUAAUAGUGCCACCCAUACGGACGAAAUAUACCGAGGUUUACACCCUUUUGCCGGAAUAACUAUUUUACAAGAUGAUGCAGUUUUCUUAGAUGAAGAGACAGGACAAGUAGAUUUAUGUGAAAAAAUUAUCGACAAUAUCUCUGACGAGGAUGAUGUACCACAAGCAUCUGCGGCCCUCGAGUCUAUUAGUUUGCCUGUAACCAGUUUGCCUAUAUUACCUUCUUUAGUAGCGGAUUAUGAAAGUGAAAAUGAUGAAGUCCCGGAAGAAGUGCCGAUAAAAAAAAUAAAAGAGGAUAACUUGCAACAUCAGAUAAUGAAAAAUAAAGUUCAUGAAGAAAAUGCUAGGCAACUUUGUAAAGAGACUUUUAACAAGCAAGUCUUUCUUGAUACAGAUGAUAAAUCGAAUAUCAAACCUCAAAAUACUGUCGCUAAAGCCCAAGAUAAACAAAACUACGAAACAAAUCAAAUUGACAAAGUGAUUAGUAACAAAAAUGAGAAAUUUCUACGAAGAUAUCAUAAUAAAUUAUUGGAAAAAUUGCUUUCACGUUCUAUACAACAUGAGAGAAAUUUAAUUUGUCAAUGUGUGAAAUAUAUUAUAGAAAACAAUUUCUUUGAUAUAAAUUAAUCUAUAAUAUAGGAAUAAUUAUGCAAAAUAAUCUAGAAAUAAUUUUAUAUUUAUAGA